CCUGGAUCCUCCUGCCUCCCCCAGAACACCUCGCUGCUGCAGCGCCCCGAUGCCGACCUGCCCCUGUGCUUCGAGCAGACCGUGCUGGUCUGGGUCCCCCUGGGCUUCCUCUGGCUCUUCGCGCCCUGGCACCUGCUGUCCCUGUGCAAGUCCAGUGCCAAGAAAUACUCCCGGACCAGGCUCUACCUGGCUAAGCAGGCACUGACCGGGCUGCUCCUUCUCACGGCUGUGACUGAGCUGGCCUUCACGCUGGCAGAGGACUUGGGGAGUCCGGGCCCGGCUGGCCAGAGCCCCGCUGUGCACUACACAAACCCCGUGCUGUACACGCUGACCUGGGUCCUGGUGCUGUUGCUGCACGAUGCCCGGCGCCGCUGCCUGCGCAGGGACUGUGGGCUGCUCUUCCUCUUCUGGAUGCUCUCCCUGAUGUGCGGCAUCUUCCCACUCCAGACGCUGAUCCGGAGGGCGCUGCAGGGCCCCAUCCCUGACGUGCCACGGUUCAGCCUCUUCCUCCUCUCCUAUGGGCUUCAGCUUGUCCUCACUGUCACCUCCACCUUCUCCGACGUCGCCCCUGAAACUGCCGAGGCUGCCAGGAAGAACCCCGAGGUCACGGCCUCCUUCCUGAGCUCCAUCACCUUCAGCUGGUACAGCAGGAUGGUGUGGAAGGGGCACCGCAAGCCCCUGGAGAUGGAGGACCUGUGGGAGCUGCGGGACCAGGAAAGGACACAGCCAGUCUCCGUGGCCUUCGAGCGGCACAUGCAGGCUGAGCUGCGGCGGGCCCGGCGGGCGCUGGAGCACCGACACCACCGCCGCAGGAACCAUCCCGCUGACAUGGAGCACAAGAACGGGCUGGCCCCGGCCCAGAGCCACGACGUCCUGGUGCUGGAGGAGAAGCCAAAGAAGAACAGGAGGAAGCAGCAGGGAGUGGCAGACCCCAGCGGGGACUUCCCCCGGCGCUGGCUCUUCAAGGUGCUGAUCCGAUCCUUCUCGGGCAACCUCCUGUGCUCGGUGGCCUUCAAGCUGGUGCACGACCUGCUGGUCUUCGCCAGCCCCCAGCUGCUGAAGGCGCUGAUCGCCUUCGUGGCAGACCCAGGGGCCUUCGCCUGGCAGGGCUACCUGUACGCGGUACUGCUGUUCGUGGCGGCGCUGGCCCAGUCCUUCUGCCUGCAGCAGUACUUCCAGCUGUGCUUCAGCCUGGGCCUAAGCGUGCGCACUGCCCUCAUGGCUGCUGUCUACAAGAAGGCACUCACCAUUUCCAGCGCCACACGCAAGGAGUCCACGGUGGGGGAGACAGUGAACCUGAUGUCGGUCGAUGCCCAGCGCUUCAUGGAUCUGACCAACUUCGUGCACCAGCUGUGGUCGUCCCCGCUGCAGAUUGCCCUCGCCAUCGCCUUCCUCUGGGCCGAGCUGGGCCCCGCCGUGCUGGCUGGGCUGGGCGUCAUGGUGCUGCUCAUCCCCAUCAACGCCGUCCUGGCCACCAAGGCCAGAGCCAUUCAGAUGAAGAACAUGAAGAACAAGGAUGAGCGCAUGAAAAUCAUGACCGAGAUCCUCAGCGGGGUCAAGAUCCUGAAACUCUUCGCCUGGGAGCCGUCGUUCGAGCGCCGGGUCGGAGGAAUCCGGGAGCGGGAGCUGAAGGGGCUGCUGCACUUCACCUACCUGCAGGCCGUGUCCUUCUUCAUCUUCACCUGUGCUCCCUUCCUGGUCUCCGUGGCCAGCUUCGCCGUCUUUGUCCUGGUGGACGAGAGCAACAUGCUGGAUGCGCAGAAGGCCUUCACCUCCAUCUCGCUCUUCAAUGUGCUGCGCUUCCCCCUGGCCAUCUUACCCAUGGUCAUCUCCACCUUGGUGCAGACCAGCGUGUCCGCCGAGCGGCUGGAGCGGUACCUGGGGGGUGACGACCUGGACACCUCAGCCAUACGACACGACCCCAUUCCCGGCAGCGCAGUGCGAUUCUCCGAGGCCUCCUUCGCCUGGGACCAGGACGCUGGCCCAGCAGUCAGAAGAGUGACCCUGGAUGUGGCGCCAGGGUGCCUGGUGGCUGUGGUGGGGGCCGUGGGCUCUGGGAAGUCCUCGCUGGUGUCUGCCAUGCUGGGGGAGAUGGAGAACGUCCAUGGGCACAUCAACAUCCAGGGCUCCCUGGCCUAUGUGCCACAGCAGGCGUGGAUCCAGAACGCCACGCUGAAGGACAACAUCCUCUUCGGGUCAGCGCUGGAUGAGGCCCGAUACCAGCGGGUCCUGCAGGCCUGCGCCCUCCUGCCUGACCUGGAGCUGCUACCGGCCAGAGACCUGACCGAGAUUGGGGAGAAGGGCAUCAACCUGAGCGGGGGCCAGAAGCAGCGGGUCAGCCUGGCCCGGGCCGUGUACAGCGAGGCCGACAUCUACCUCCUGGAUGACCCCCUCUCCGCCGUGGAUGCCCACGUGGGGAAGCACCUCUUUGAGCACGUGCUGGGCCCUGAGGGGCUGCUCAGGGACAAGACCCGGAUCCUGGUGACCCACGGCAUCAGCUUCCUGCCACACACAGACAAGAUCGUGGUGCUGGUGGGUGGCGCGGUGUCCGAGCAUGGCUCCUAUGGGGCCCUGCUGGCCAGUGGGGGGGCCUUCGCCCAGUACCUGAGCACCUACGGGGGCCAGGAGCAGCGCGAGCCCGAGGGACAGGCCACAGCGGGGGCUGGUGAGGAGGAGGAGGAAGCUGGCGAGACGCUCGAGGCCAGCGCAGAGGAGGUGCCCACCGACGUGGUGACCUCGACCCUCAAGAGAGAGGCCAGCAUCCGACGCUUCAGUCGCAGCAUCAGCACCAGCACCAGCAGCACCCAGUCCCGGCAGAGGGUGGUGCCCGUGGGCCAGCGGGGCCCAAAGGGGCGGGAGGCAGGCGAGGAGCUGAGGGGCCAGCGCCUGAUUGAGAAGGAGGCCAUGGAGAGCGGCAAGGUGAAGCUGUCUGUGUACAUGCAGUACCUGCGGGCCAUCGGCUGGGGCUUCUCGGCCUGCGUGUUCCUGUCGUACGUGGUGCAGUACGCUGCCUUCAUGGGCUCCAACCUGUGGCUCAGCGACUGGACCAACGAUGCCCUGCGCUACCAGAACCAGACCUACCCCGCGGCCCAGCGUGACCUGCGCAUCGGGGUCUUCGGGGCACUGGGCAUGGCGCAAGCCGCCUUCCUGCUGGUGGGAAUCAUCCUCAUGGCCCACGGCGCCAUCCAAGCCUCCCGGGUGCUGCACCAGCAGCUGCUCAGCAACAUCCUGCGCGUGCCCAUGAGCUUCUUCGACACCACGCCCACCGGCCGCAUCGUCAACAGGUUUGCCAAGGACAUCUUCACCGUGGACGAGACCAUCCCAAUGUCGUUCCGCAGCUGGCUGGCCUGCCUGCUGGGCAUUGUCAGCACGCUGCUCAUGAUCUGCCUGGCCACCCCGUUCUUUGCCCUCGUCGUCAUCCCCCUGGCCCUCUUCUACUUCUUUGUGCAGCGCUUCUACGUCUCCACGUCGCGGCAGCUGCGGCGCCUGGACUCGGUCACCCGGUCGCCCAUCUACUCCCACUUCAGCGAGACAGUGUCGGGGCUGCCGGUGAUCAGAGCCUACCAGCACCAGCAGCGGUUCCUGCAGCACAACGAGGCCAUCAUGGACAUCAACCAGAAGAGUGUCUUCUCCUGGAUCGUCUCCAACAGGUGGCUGGCCAUCCGCCUGGAGUUUGUGGGCAACCUGGUGGUUUUCUUCGCUGCGCUCCUGGCUGUGAUCACGCGGGACUCACUGGACAGCGGCAUUGUGGGGCUCUCCGUGUCCUCAGCCCUCAAUAUCACCCAGACGCUGAACUGGCUGGUGCGGAUGACAUCGGAGCUGGAGACCAACAUCGUGGCUGUGGAGCGUGUGCACGAGUACAUGGAGGUGGAGAACGAGGCCCCAUGGGUGACGGAGCAGCGCCCACCCCCUGGUUGGCCCAGCCGGGGCGAGAUCCAGUUCAUUGACUAUGGGGUCCGGUACCGGCCCGAGCUGGAGCUGGUGCUGCAGGGCAUCACCUGUGACGUUGCUGGCAAUGAGAAGGUGGGGGUGGUGGGCCGGACCGGGGCAGGGAAGUCCUCGCUCACCAACUGCCUCUUCCGCAUCCUGGAGGCGGCAGGCGGGCGCAUCCUCAUCGAUGGCGUGGACAUCGCCACCAUCGGUCUCCACGACCUGCGCCAGCACCUCACCAUCAUCCCCCAGGACCCGGUGCUGUUCUCAGGGACGCUGCGCCUGAACCUGGACCCAUUCGAGCAGUACUCGGAGGUAGAGCUGUGGCGUGCGCUGGAGUUGGCUCACCUGAAGGCGCACGUGCAGGCGCUGCCUGAGGGGCUGGCCCACCCCAUCAGCGAGGCUGGCGAGAACCUCAGCGUGGGGCAGCGGCAGCUGCUGUGCCUGGCCCGGGCUUUGCUGCGCAAGUCCAAGAUCCUCGUGCUGGAUGAGGCCACGGCUGCCGUGGACCUGGAGACUGACCGGCUCAUCCAGAGCACCAUCCACAGCGAGUUUGCAGACUGCACCGUGCUGACCGUCGCCCACCGCCUGCAUACUAUCAUGGACAGCAACAGGGUGCUGGUGCUGCAAGCUGGCCGCAUUGCUGAGUUCGACAGCCCUGAGGUGCUGCUGCAGCAGCAGGGCGUGUUCACCACCCUGGCCAAGGACGCUGGCAUCGUGAGCUCCCAGACCACAUUGCUGUAGGGGCCGCAGUGCUGCCCCAGG